CUGUCAAUACAUUACGUCACAAUACAUUCUUAAAAAGGAAAAACUACGAUUUAUAAAUUAUUGUUUAAUCAUUCAGCAAUACUUGGAGAGAAAAUCAUAAUAAUAUCUCUAAAAAUUCAUAUAAUGAAAAUAUUGUUUAUAUCGUUUAUUUGUACAGCGUUGUUGUCUACAGUAGAAGCUGCCGGCGUCUGCAAUGAGACAUGUACAUUCACACAGAUCUGCGGAAAUGACGGGAUGUGUUACGAACGAUCAGAACUAGUUAAAUGCACUUUAUGGGGAAGCAUGUAUGUACAUUACUGUAAAAAAGGACAGGAGUGUUGCGGUAAAAAAUGUAUGCCAUAUGGGGCAGACUGUUGCAGCGGUUCAGAAUAUUGUGACAACGCACGUACAUGUUGUACUGGAGACGUGUGUUGUUCACCUGAAAAAGUCUGCAAAAAUGGUGCUUGUGUUAUUCAAGAACAGAACGAACAAACAUACAAACACACAAAUGUGAACAUCAGCUGGUGGUAUAUUCUACUCAUCAUAGCGGUGUGUGUGGCAUUUCCUGUCGCUGUUUUCAUAUGGAAGCGAAGACGUGCACGAAUCAGAGCUAAUACUCAGCCUAGCAGAAUUGUUAUGGUACAUAGUAAUCCAGUCCAUACACCGGUGCAAUCCACAACUGUUUUCGGACGUACAAACGGACGACCACAAAACAUUGCUUUUAUUGUAACAAAGUGAAUAUAACAAGAGAGUGGCAAUGUUUUUCUCAUGUUUAACACUACAACUAAAGUCAAUGUUCUUUCUACUAAAACAACAUGUUAAACAUAGGAUAGUGGUUGAAUUGAACACAUAAUUGUAACUCAUUCUGUACAUUGGAUAUUGAAAGACACUGUGAUAAUAAAAUCAAUUGUAAAAAAGUAGAUAAAACGAAAACAGUAUCACAGCCCUCAAAGUUUGACUUUUUAAUAAAUUAUAGAUAGGUCAGGAUUUUUACUGAGAUGUUUAGGUCAUAACCACUAAGUCUUAACAUCCCUAUAUUUUGUAUGGUAUUGAUAGUGAUUAAGAAUAUUGAAACAUUAAUGAAUGCCUAAAAAUGAGAACGGUAAAUCAAAGAGUGUUACAGACUGGAACCUCCGUAUUUUCUCUGUAAUGAUAUAUUUUUCUGUUCCGUCAGGAAACCACGUAAGAAGGUGCUAAAGGUGUAAUAUGUUGCAUUGUUCAUUCUUUCAAAUAAAUAGACACAAUAAACCUA